AUGGCCAGAAAAGCAAUACAAGGCGACGUGAUCGUCAAACUCAUAGUCGGAGCCGGCCAGGCAUCUCCCUCCCCACCCGUCGGUCCAGCACUGGGAAGCAAAGGAGUCAAAUCGAUGGACUUUUGCAAGGUACACACCCACACCCACAACAACAUCAAACCAACACACCUCGAGCCCACGCACGACUGACUGACUUUUGGGAAACUGCAGGAAUUCAACGCCCGCACGGCAAACUACAUCACCGGAACCCCCAUCCCCGCCCGCGUCACCGUCCGCCCCGACCGGUCCUUCCACUUCGAACUCCGCACCCCGCCCACCGCCUCCCUCCUCCUCAGCGCCGCCGGCGUCGUCCCCAUCAAGAACAGACUCCGCGGCGCAGGCAACACCGCCGGCCCGAAAUCCGGCCUAGGCCUCACGGGUGCUGGGAAAGCGCUCUUCCCGGCCAGCGCUGCGGCGGCCGGCAACAGCGCGAGGGGAACGGUAGGACAAGUGAGUCUGAAACAUGUAUACGAGAUUGCCAAGAUCAAGCAGGGCGAGACGCGGUUGAGUGGGGUCAGUCUGGAGAGUCUGGUGCGGAGUGUCAUUGCGCAGGCGGGCAGUAUUGGGGUUGUAGUGGUGCCUUGA